AUGGCGCUCCGAUGGGCGGCCGAGGCGGCGAGCGGUCAGCUGCAACCAGCGGCCGGGGCGGCGAGCGGGCGGGGCGAGCUGAGUGCCGGAGCGUGGGGCGGGCGGCGAGCGGUCAGCUCCAUCCCGAUCCGUUGGAUCCUUAUCCAACCAGGGCGUCGUCUUCCUCUCGUGAGCGCGGACGGGGAAAGGAACCCGAUCUCGCCGCCCGUCUUCGCCGGCCGCCCCACGCUCCGGCACUCAGCUCGCCCCGCCCGCUCGCCGCCCCGCCCGCCGGUUGGAGCUGACCGCUCGCCGCCUCGGCCGCCCAUCGGAGCACCAUGGAUGCAGCUCCGCGACUCAACUCGUCCAAGUCCGCUCGCCGCCCCGGCCGCCCGUCGGGGCCGCCCCGCGCUCCGGGACUCAGCUCGCCCCGACCGCUCGCUGCCCCCGCUGCUCGUCGGAGUGCCAUGGAUGCAGCUCCGCCUCACCGGUGAUUGGUUCCAGCAAAAAACAGAGAUGCCCCGUGGUAGCAUUUUUCCGUGUCAGUCGUAG